AUGACUUGUAUUUUCCUGUCUCUUUCAUUACAGAAUACUUCAGAGAGUCAUAAUUGUGCCAGAAGUCUAUUAAUGGCAGAUAGAGUGCAAAUAGUUGUGAUUCUCUCUGAAUUUUUUAAUAUCACAUGGGAGAAGGCAAAUUGUGCAAAUUGUUUAGUGAACACAAGUGAAGAACUAUCAAAUAACACAGUGUACUUCCUCAGUCUAUUUAAUCAGACCUUGACCUGCUUUGAAAAUAACCUUCAGGGGAGUAUACAGUUAAGGAAUUACUCAGAAGUAUGCAAAAACUGUCGUGACUCAUACAAAACUCUGAGUAGUCUGUACAAUGAAAUGCAAAAAAUGAACGAACUUGAGAAUAAGGCUGAAUCUGGAACACAUUUAUGCAUUGAUGUGGAAGAUGCAAUGAACAUCACUCGAAAACUUUGGAGUCGAACUUUCAACUGUUCGGUCCCCUGCAGUGACACAGUGCCUGUUAUUGCUGUUUCCCUGUUCAUUCUCUUUCUACCUGUGGUUUUCUACCUGAGUAGCUUUCUUCACUCAGAACAGAAGAAACGCAAGCUCAUUCUACCCAAACGUAUUAAGUCCAGUACCAGCUUUGCAAAUCUACAAGAAAAUUCAAACUGAAACCAUAAUGGCGAGUUUACAUCAUAUCCCAUGAAUGGUGGAAGACACAGCUUGGUCCAAAAGAAGAUAAACUGUGUUUUGACAAAUCAACUUCUGAAGAAAUGGAAGGACUUCAGAUUUAUUUUUAAAUAAGAAUUUUCAAUUUCUCUUUCCUUUUCUGCCCCCUUUUUUAAGAGCUUGAGUGUUUUUAAUUUGUAGGCAUAGCAAUGUUGUCAUUUUUAAAAGUAUUUGUUAUAAUAACAAAAGAUGAAAGACCAUCUUUUGUGUAGGCUUUUUUUUUUGUAGGUGUGUUACUAUUUGAGACAUCUGGUAUUUCCUUAUUAAUGUAACAUCUUGAGUAGCAAAGUUUUUGAAAACCAUUAUUUAAAAAUUAAGUGGUUAUAGCAAAGACUUUGAAAAAGACAUAUACUUGCCAAAAAAUAGCAGGUCCAAAGAUUAAUUUAAGUUAUUCACCAUUGCAGUAUUACUCUUACAUGUACAUUUAAUAUGUCAUACAUUACAAAUAAUAUUUACUCUCUAGUUUCCUUACAGUCAUUUUUGAAAGCACUAAAUAAAAUCCUCUCUAACAAUUUUUAGAAGUGGUAAGGUACAUUUGUAAAAAGAUUUAUGGUAACUGGUUUCUUACUUGACUUUUAUAAAUAGUAGUUUACACCUUAUUUUUGCCUUUAUUUCAUAAGUAAUUUGAAAUCACUGGACUGCUUUAUUAUAUUUAGGGCAAGAUGGAUUCUUUUUAUACCAGGGAUUUGCAUUGUGAAUUACAUUAAGUUAUUUGACAAUUUAUAAUUUAUUGCUACUUUAAAUCAAAUGUAACAUUAUCACACUGUACUUAAAUUGUGAUUUUUUUUUUUAAUGGAGAUUUGCCUUUGGGCUAAUGGACAUUUUUGGAAAGGAGAGAAAGGAGUAGGAAAAGCUUAAGAUUCGGAAAAUAGAGGACUAGAUGGAUGCUCAUUAUAUGAUGGUUGAAAGGUUCAUGUCAGGGCCAUCAGUCAGAAAAAAGACUCUAAUGUAAAAUCAUUUAGGUUGGAUGAAGCUUGUUUUUUCCCAAAAAAAAAAUUGAAAUCUGAUGAAAAUGAUCUGAUUGCAUUUAAGUCAGAUAUUUCACUCUCAAACCAUAAUAUUCUAUUUUGGAACAUCAUUAACUUUUUUUAAAAAAAGCUUCAUUUCAGAAUUGUCGACAGUUUUAUUCCUCAGGUUUUUAGUGUUGAGAAUUUCAUUUAUUAAUUCCUUCUUCCUUUCUUGGUGAAAACAGGCUUUGUUUUAUACAUUGAGAAUAUGAAGGCUGCUGUAUAUAGAAACAAGAGUUUGGUUAACUGGUAUGACAAUUUGAAUCUCUUCAUAUACUGUAAAAUACUCUAUGGAGAGAUAGAAAGUGUUUUCAUUUUUUUUUUUAAUGUUUACCAUAUAUGCUGAGUGAAAGUGAGGCUCAUCCUUGGAUGUGUGACAUAUCAGGCUGUAUGGUCUUUUAAGUCUGCUCUGAUCCAUUUAAAUUGUGCUGGGGUUUGUUCGCUGUCACACAGUUCAUGCUGCUGAUACUGGUAGCACUGUCUUGAUUUGAAGCGUGUGGUUGAGGGCCAUUGAAAGCAAUCUUUUGUUAAUGCAGAUGAAGCCAGUUUACAUGUGCAACAUUACAGAAUGACAUCUGGAGUUCUGUUAGUGACUCUGUGUACCUUUCAAUAUCAUGUAUUUCUGAAAACCACUGCUUUUUGCAUAUGGUUGCUAAUAAGCACUUUAAAAAAAAAUGGCAACCAUUACUAUUUUUCUGGUUGAAUCAUUGCUCAUUAGAAAUAGCGUCAGAAAUAGACUUCAAAAAUAAACAUCAAGCAUUAAAAUGUAUAAGUAUUUCUUUUUUUAACCAUGUUGAAAAAUUCUUUGUGUAGUUCUCAACUCUGAGACACAUAGCAUAUGUAUGUGUACAAGAACAUUGUUAGGGUUUUUGACACUUUGAAAUAAAGGAAGUUGCUUA